GUUCUCAAAAUACCGUGAGAUGGUGCACAAUGUCCCCCCCAGAGCAGAGAAAAUGUGAAGCUUUUGCGAAGGCAGUCGAAAGGGAUGCCCUCAGAUUCGAAAAAGCCUAUUCUCAACUCGAGUGCCUUCAGCAUAGCAACCACGAUGAGUGUAUGGUUGCACUGGACAAGGGCCUGGCAGACCUUGUUGUUCUCGAUCCGAAUGAGAUUUUCAUCGCUGGAAGAUACCAUUCGUUGGUGCCUAUUAUGAAGGAGGUGUAUGAGAAUGGCCUUCAGUUAUAUUAUUCAGUGGCUUUCAUUAAGAAAGGCAACCUUACCUCAGUGAGGACCUUGGAGGAUUUAAGGGGCACGACUGCUUGUUUCCCCUCUGUUGCGUCUAUGGGGGGUUGGGUUAUGCCCAUUGCCAAGCUAAUCAGAUCUGGAGCUAUGAAGAUCGUUGAUUGUAAUAACCACAUUAAAUCAGCCUCUGCCUUCUUUGGUGGUGGUUGUGCAGUUAACAUUCUGUCAGACAAGUAUAACCCUCUAGGUGACAAUAACCAGAUCUUGUGUAGUGCCUGUGGGAGUGACCUCCCCGGCCGGCACUGCACAAGCCAGGAUCUCUAUGCCGGUCACCAGGGAGCCAUCAACUGUUUGCUGGAUAAGGGUGACAUAGCCUUUGCCAGACACACGUCCCUCAACACUACUCUGGAGGAGUAUGGAACAGAACUGAGGCUUAGUGCUGAUGAUUUUGAGCUUCUUUGUGAUGAUGGGAGUCGCGCCCCAGUAACAGACUACGAAACGUGUAAUUGGGGAACGGUUCCUUCCAAUGCUAUUGUGACGACUUCUGCAAAGUCCCCUGAGCAGCGGCGAGGUCUCCAGGACUUCUUGAAGACGGCCUUUGAACGUUAUGGGAAGAAAUCGACUAAUCCCAAGGAUUUCUACCUCUUUGAAUCAUUCCCAAAAUAUGGCAAAUCUUACGAUCUUCUUCUUUCUGACAACACACACAUGCUGGUGGACCUGUCAACCAGCCAGCAGAAUUUCCAGAAGUAUCUUGUUGGUAACAUCAUGAACCACAUCCAGACAAUCCGUUCAUGUCCUGUGAGCAAGAUGACACUCUGUGUAACCUCUCAGGCAGAAUUUUCAAAGUGUCUCAAAAUGAGGACUGCACUACAUGCUCAGUUGCUGAAACCAGAGAUGGAAUGCUUUAAAGGAGAUACAAAUUUUGACUGUAUGGGAGCCAUCAAAAGAAGGGAAGCAGAUGUUGUAGUGUUUGAAGCUGGAGACAUAUAUAGUGCAGGACUGCACUAUGAGCUUGUCCCUUUCAUGGGGGAACAGUACAAUCUUGAUACCCUAGAAUAUUAUGUUGUUGCAGUUUCAAAGGAAGAUGACCCCGAUACAGACGUUCUGUAUCUCAAAAAUAAGAGAACAUGCCAUCCUGCUGUCAUGCAUGGUGGUGGAUGGGUAGUGCCUAUGGCUUACCUCAUCAACAACAACCUCAUUCGCCAGUACAGCUGUAACUCUGUGAGAGCUGCGUCUGAAUAUUUUGAGAAGUCUUGUGCCCCGGGUUCUCUCAGCAGGUUUUACCGCCACAAUAUGAACCGCCUAAACCUUUGCCAUCUCUGCCACGGGAUUGGAAGUGGAUUCUGUGCCCGAGAUCAUAGUGAACCCUAUUAUGGAUUCACAGGUGCCUUUAGAUGCCUAGUGGAGGGGGGUGGAGACAUAGCUUUCCUAAAGCACACAACUGUUCGAGAAAAUGUGGAUGGAAAACGGAAAGAAUGGUGGGCAAGGAACCAGCUUACUGCAGACUAUCAGUUGGUUUGCAGAGAUGGUACUCGAGCCUCGGUAACAGAUUACCAGGAUUGCAAUUUGGGCACAGUCCGUUCAAAUGCAGUUAUGACCCGGGGAGGUUACCUUUAUAACGAAACAGAAGUAGCAGCUUACACCAAUCUCCUGUUAUAUGCUCAACAACAUUUUGGUCGUGACUCUGAUGACGAAUGGAACUUCAAAAUGUUCCACUCUGAUGAACCAUAUGCGGAUCUGAUCUUCCAGGAUGCAACACAACAACUUGUUCCAUUACCGGAAGAAGAGCAGCAUUAUCAUCCGUAUUUAGGUAUUGAGUUCUUAAACGCACGCUAUGAAGUAGAUUGCACUGCUUCAUCCCCGUGUUUGCAAGUGUCAUCGGCAUUGAUGGCAUUUUUAGUGAUCCUCUGUCUUGCAAACUGAAGGUCUGCUUCUCUCAACUUUAGUAUCUAGUAAAACCUUAGAAAUGAGACCAUGCUGCAUCAUCAUCAUAUCAAGAGACAGCAGUGCUUCAUGCUGUUCUAAUCAACUGUGAUCAUGAAAAUGCAUAACAAGGUUGUGCUCCAGAAUCUCCCAAACAAGGUGUGUUUGUGCCACCGCAAUUACAAGCAGGUGUUAUAUUGUAUGCAUUACUGAAAGAUUAAUAUUCAUAGGAUCGUCCCAGUGUAUUAUGUGUUACAGUGUAACAUCCUGUUGUAGUUUUUAUACAUUGAAAAUUUAAAUGCAUAUUUGAAAAAAACAAUCCUUAUAUUGCCAUGUAUGUCACAAAUAGAUGAAUUAAUAAAUAUUGAUAAUGUUCAUAGUGAUAAUAGUAUUGACAAUAAAAUAAUACCAGUAAUAAUAAUGAUGAUGUUAAUAAAAUAAUAAUGAUUAUUAUUAUUAUUACUAUUUAUUAUUUUUUUUAUUUCAAAUUGUACUUUAUCUUUACCAGCAGCAGCUAGUAUUGAAUUUAUUAAUGGCAAUUAUGGUUUUAUAUUAGUAUUGUGAUCUUUAGAUUAAAAAUAAUUCAGAUCUAUAGAUGUAUAUUUUUGGUAUGCUAAGGUAAUCCAUAAUCUUUGGAUUUAUAUUGAUCUGGCUGGCCAUCAGCUUGUCCAGAUGUUUUAACAGAUGUACAUAUGUACUUAUGCAUGUGUAGAUACAUGUACACAUAUGUAUGAGUGUGCGAGUUAGUGAGUGAAUGUACACAUACACAUACACAUAAAAAUGAGAGCACAUACAAAUACACAAAAACACAGACAAACACAUGGACAAGUUGCAUAUU